AUGGCGCUCUUCCCAUUUCCGCCAUGGAUAGUGCCAUUAGUAAAUUGGAAUCUUAUUCAAUCCAUCACCGGCCUAACAGUGGCCUUCACUGAUCCUCAGUCGCCCCUCCGACCACUCACAGCAGCAACCACAGCGCUGCUCGCAUAUCUCCUCCAAUCCAACAUCCAAACCCACUUCGCAGGAACCCGUCCGUCCGGUCCAACAGUCGCAAUGUGCUGGGUUAAUGCAUUGAACGCAUUCGACCUGCUUGUUCUCACCCGCGCCUCCUACGAAGCCCAGCUUGCCUUUACUACAUCAAAGACAUCCAAGAAGGAUACCCCAACACCUAAGACAAAGACUUCAUUCUGGGAUAGAAUUCUCUUCACCAUCGCCUUGCCUUACAACUACCGCCGCAUCAACACCCCCUGGCAAAUUUCCCGCCUGCCGCGCUUCUCCUCAACAAACCCCUCCUACAUCCCGACAAAAGCCACCUUCCUCCUCCACUCAACAGCAAAGCUCCUCAUCGCCGGCACAAUAAUACACCUCCUAACCCUCGAUCCAACCGACCCCCACCUCUCAUCUGCACUCUCCCGCCUCGACGAAUCCAAGUCCGUCCUCGUCCCUUUCAACUCCGAUCUACAUACCAUCCUCCUCCAAGCCCGUUUUACCCUCUCCUUCGGCCUCGUCACCCGAGCCGCAAUAGUAGGCGGGUACACAGCCGGUUCAAUCCUCGCCGUCCUUCUCGGCUCCAGCCCAGCCUCGUGGCCGCCAAUCGCGGGGUCAUUGAGCGGUGCUUGGUCACUAAGCAGACUUUGGGGCAGUGCAUGGCAUCAAACCCUCCGACGCCCACUAACAGCGAACGCGACAUUCCUUUCCUCGACGCUAGGGUUAAAACCGACGAGUCGACUAGCGCAUUGGAACCGCGUCGUUAUCGCCUUUAUCGGGUCGGGUGUUGUGCAUUCCCUUAUGGAUAUUGGGUUUGGGGUCCCCCUGGAUAAAACCGGAGGGUUGGUGUUUUUUGCCUUGCAGAUUCUGGGGUUUAUCCUUGAGGGUGUCUUUCAGUGGCUGGUGGAUGUGUUGGGUGUUUCCGUGGGGCAGAAGAUCGAGAAGUGCAUUGGGUUUAUCUGGGUCUGUGCUUUCUUGCUUUGGAGUACGCCUGUCUGGAUUAAUCCGAUUCUGGUCAGUUUGGCACGCGAUGGGACGAAUGUGAUGUCGCCCUGGCUUGGGUUGCCACCUGCUCAGAUUGGGUUUUAG